AUGUUUGAUAUUUUUGGAACUUUCCAGGAUGAUAACAAUUUGAAGAAGCAAAAUCGUCCUGUUCUGGCUCGAUUCUUCUCACCCAUCUUGCUGAAGGUACAAGGCCAAGACAAUCGUCUUGAUGAAAUAAAAGCUGAUAAGGAAGGAAUUUGCGAGCUCAGCAGAGAUAUAGGCACUUGCAAGGGUGGGAUUCCGCCAGAGAUUUGUAACGAUGAACACCUGGAUGGACAAGAGCAUAGUUAUCAACGAAAAGCCUCUAAUGUUAUUGAAGCUGAAGAUAUAGACCACAAUCAAGAUGCUGAUAUGUCUUUUGAUAAUGAGGGGUAUAAUGAUGAGAAUGAUAUUGCCAUGAAAAAGAAUGCUUUCUUAGGCUCUCAGUGCACAUACAGCCAAGAUUCCUUGGCAACAACUGAUUGGAGAUAUCUAAAUCUGAGCACAACAUGCAAAAACGGUGGACCUUUAUUGGCCUGUCACUGCGAUUAUUGA